AUGUCGUCCCUUUCGCUGGGUUCAUCUACGGCAUCUCGUUGUCUUGGGUCCAAACGUCAGGGCGAUCCUUCGCUCUCUGAAUUUUACGCAAUUGGGUAUGCAAGCGCCUUCCCUAUUGGGGAUGUUCCGCCGAAGCGCCGUCAGGACGCAAGGCAAAAAACCCAUCCCACGAAAUUACCCCACGCCUCCGAAUAUGCUGGACCAGGCGGCGGCGGCGCGGGAAAAGCGCAGCGAAACGCCAAUAUAAAUUCCUCUGGCUCCCUACUUUCGAAACAUUCCAUUGUGCCUUCGAAUGUGCGUAUUUUUUUUU